GCGCGAGGUCGCGCCGCUUGUUGUCAUCCGACCUGGCUGUCGGGUUCUGGUAGCCAAGUACCGGGAGGCGGAGCAGGCACGGGCCGGAGGGCAGGUGGGGGUGAUAGGUUCGCGCCCCUGCGACCUCGGGGCCCUGGGCUGAGUGUGGGCGACGGGCCGGGGGCGACAGCCAGUGAUACUGUCAUUGAGUCGGUGGGUCAGGUUCAGCGGCCGCUUGCUGAGUGUCUAGUACGUGCGAGGCGCCCUUGGGGUGCAUGGUCAUUCUCCCGAGGGCUGUGAGUAGGUACUACGAUUGUCUUCAUUAUAUCGCGAGAAAGCAACAACAGAAAGGCUCGUAGCCUGUCCAGAGUCACACGGCUAGAAAACCCCGGGAGAUCCUUCUAGCACCUAUGCGUUUCUAACGAACGUUCCCGAAAUGUAUCAACUUUGUGCUUGCUGUGUGCCUGCCCUGCUAGAACACAGCUCCGCCGGGUCGGGGAACUCUGAUUACUUUGUUCACUGAUGUACCUGCAACACGUUGGACAGGCCCACAGUAGGCACUCAACUUUUUCACUGAAUGAAUCAAAGCGACAGAGCGGGCAAUCAGUUCGAGUCCACAGCUAGGACCCUUAUGGGAUGACGCAGUGCUUAGCUCCUUGUCUGGCGACAGUUAGGCUGCUACUAAGCGUUUACUCUUAACACUGAACCGAGGCCUUGCGGCUGCUUCCAUAAAGUAUUCCAUCUGGGUUUUCCUCACUUUCACUGCCUCAGAGAGGUUGCUCACUGCAUCUCCUGUGCGGUCAUUGUUUCCAGGGUCAGGGCGCAUCAGUGAGACCACUGCUCACCUCCUGCGGGCUCCGGCUCGGCCGCCCCUGGGCUUCCUAGUCUACAGAAGAGCCAGUGGAGGCCUCAGAAGAUCUCUGCCCUUUGUCUCGAGCAGAACAGGAUGGCCAUGUUCCAGGAGUCCUUGACCUUCCGGGACGUGUUUGUGGACUUCACCCUGGAGGAGUGGCGAUGUCUGGACUCGGCUCAGAAGAACCUGUACAGGGACGUCAUGCUGGAGAACUACAGCCACCUGGUCUCCGUGGGACAGCUAGUUCCCAAACCCGAUGUGGUCAUCAGAUUGGGACAAGGAGGAGAGGCCAGGACAGCAGAGGGAGAGACCCCGACGCGGAACCCUCUGGAAUCCUGGCAAGUGCAUGACCAGAUGGACAACCACAAGGAAAGCCAAGACCAAUGUCUGUGGCCGACUGCAUUCGUAGACCAGGAAACACAGAAGGACCAAAGUGGCCAGGAAUUGACAACAUUCAGGACAAUCAUUUAUCCGGGCACAGACUUUGUUUCUAUAAGACAAAGACUCCCUAGAUAUUAUUCAUCGGGAAGAUGUUCAAAACAUAAUUUAAACUUUCUCUGUCAAAGCAGAAGUUCUGUAAGAAAGAAAGGUGAUGAGCGUAAGGCACAUUGGAAGUCGUGCUUCCACCCUAAUCUUUAUCCAGCGCAGCCUGGAGAGAAAUUCUUUGAGCCUCAUCAACGUGGAAAAACCCUCCACCAUAAGGAAGCCCUCGAUAAACCUCCAAGAAGUCAAACCAGGGAGAAACUCUUUGAGUGUUCUGAAUGCGGGAAAGUGUUUAUCCAGAAAGCCAACCUUGUCGUGCACCAGAGAAUUCACACGGGAGAGAAGCCCUAUGAGUGCAGCGAAUGUACAAGAGCCUUCAGCCAGAAGUCAACCCUCAUUGCACACCAGAGAACUCACACAGGGGAGAAGCCCUAUGAGUGCAGCGAAUGUGGGAAAACCUUUAUCCAGAAGUCAACGCUGAUGAAACAUACGCGAACUCAUACAGCAGAGAAACCAUUUGUAUGUGGUGAAUGUGCAAAAGCCUUUAAGAGUUCCUAUCACCUUACUAGACAUGAAAAAACACACAUUAGACAAGCAUUUUAUGAAGGAGUCCACUGUGGUAAAUCCGGCCUUAUGUACCCGAGGACUCACACGGGUGAGAAACCUAACUGUAAUAAACAUGGGAAACCCUCUGAUGAGAAACCCAACCCCAUUAAACACCAGAGAUCUCCUAUAAAAGAGAAAGCUUACGAGUGCGGUAGAUGUGGAAAAAGCUUCAGGGGGAAGUCCCACCUCUCUGUCCAUCAGAGAACUCACACCGGAGAGAAGCCUUACGAAUGCGGCAUAUGUGGGAAGACUUUCAGUGGAAAAUCACACCUCUCUGUCCAUCAAAGAACUCAUACAGGAGAGAAGCCUUAUGAGUGCAGAAGAUGCGGGAAAGCCUUUGGCGAAAAGUCAACCCUUGUUGUACAUCACAGAACUCAUACAGGAGAGAAACCCUACAAAUGCGGCGAAUGUGGGAAAGCCUUCAGCGAAAAGUCACCACUGAUAAAACAUGAGAGAAUUCAUACGGGAGAGAGACCCUACGAAUGCAGCAACUGUGGGAAAGCAUUCAGUAGGAAGUCAACUCUCAUUAAACAUCAGAGAAUUCACACAGGAGAAAAACCCUACGAAUGUAGUGAAUGUGGGAAAGCUUUCAGUGUGAAAUCAACUCUCAUUGUACAUCACAGAACUCACACGGGAGAAAAACCCUAUGAAUGCAGAGACUGUGGAAAAGCCUUCAGUGGGAAGUCAACUCUGAUUAAACAUCAGAGAAGUCAUACAGGAGAUAAAACCUAUUAAUAUACUUGAACGUGGGAGAAUUUCCCUAUUAUACCUCAUUAUAGAUCAGUUCAUCCUGGGGAGUAAUCUUAGCAAUGUCAAGAAUGUCAGAAACUCUUCAGAUAUUAAUGUUCCUUUAAUGUAAUAGAAGGUUCAAAAAUAUAAUUCCAGAAGCACGUAAUAAAUGCGACCAGUUUUUCACCCAGAAGGUCUUACGAGUGAAUUGUAUAUCAGGGAAUUCAACAGUGGCAGAAUUAUGAGUGUAUUGAUGUGAGACAACCUUGAGAAAGAAUGUAAAUGUUAUCGCCUAACAGAGUCUUUAUGCUGAGGAAAAACUAAGAGUCGAAUGAGUUUAGAAAACUAUGUCAGCAAUUAGGAGAGAAAUGUGUUCCAUAUUCUGUAACAUUCUGUGGGAAAGGUGCAGAGGCUGCUAACAAGGAGUCAAAUAGAAGAAAGUGAGGUUCGCCCUGGAAUAGAACACACUUUUGAAAGAACAGUAUAGAGCAUAAACUGUUAAUCCCAGCUGGGGCAGACUCCCCGUUAUUAUUAUUAUUUUUUUAUUUUUAAUGUUGAUUUUUUGAGAGACAGCACGAGUGAGUGGGGGAGGGGUAGAGGGAAGGAGACACAGAAUCGGAAGCCGGCUCCAGGCUCCGAGCUGUCAGCACAGAGCCCGCUGCGGGGCUCGAACCCACGAACCGCGAGAUCGUGACCUGGGCCGAAGUCGGACGCUUAACUGACUGAGCCACCCAGGCGCCCCAGCCCUGUUAUUAUUUUUAAUGUUUAUUUAUUUUUGAGAGAGAGGGCACAUGCAUACGGGCACGUGGGGGAGGGACAGAGGGGGAAACAGAAUCCCAAGCAGGCUCCACACUGUCAGCGCAGAGCCCAACACGGGGCUCGGUCUCAGGGGUGAGAUCAUGACCUGAGCUGAAAUCAAGAGUUGGACGCUUAACUGACUGAGCCACCCAGGCACCCCACCCCCUAUUAUUUCUUAAACAACUAGAAAAAUUGCUCCCUUAAGUAGAAUGGGAGAUGAGUCAUCAGGGUCCCUGUGACAAAGGGGCUCAAAGAGAUCUCACACAUGUUACCCAUCAUCUUCAGUGCAAAAAUGCAAAUCCCUUACAGAAAAGGCACACCUUGCUUGGAAACAGUGCUUACAACUUAACAUUCUUUGCCUUGUAAGAAAGAGUAGUCACUUUAUGGUGAGGCAAUAAAAGAUUUUUAAUUGUCAGAGCAUCUCCUGUGACAGCAAUAUUAUUUAAAUUGUGAAACAAAUCAGAAAUUGAAUAUCCCAUAAUAGGUAAGUGAUUAAAAUUCGAUAUAUCGUUAAGGUGGGAUAAUGUGGACAAUUAAGAAUUAUCUUUGCUUGGGGCUCCUGGCUGGCUCAGUCGGUUAAACAUCCGACUUCCGCUGAGGUCGUGAUCUCUCGGUUCGUGGGUCCCAGCCCCGCGUCGGGCUCUGGGCUGACAGCUCGGAGCCUGGAGCCUGCUUCGGAUUCUGUGUCCCCCUCUCUCUCUGCCCCUCCCCCACUCUUCUCUUCUCUUUCUCUCUCUCUCAAAUGAACAUUAAAAAAAAAUUUUUUUUAAGUGAUCUUAUGUUUGAGGAUUUGGGGAAAUGUUCAUGGUAAUCUAUUGUGAAAAAAACAGAUUAUAAAACUAUACCAUAUGAUUUACAUUGCAAACAAAUACAUAUUGUACAAAUACUAUUGUAUCAGUGACUCUGGGUGGUAGAACUAUAGCAAUUUUAUGCUAAGUAAAAUUAUAUGCACAUAUGUACAUAUAUAUUUGUAUUAUAUUUAUUGCUAUUUAGUUGUAAGUAGGUAGACAUGUAGAACAAAAAUCUAGGAACGAAAUAUACCAAAUUAUUAAGCAAAUUGUCAUUUGGGUGUUGAGAUCAUAGAUUUUUAAAUGUUUUGAAUAUAGUUUCCAGAAACCACCAAUAAAAUAAGUUGAUUAAAAUAAUUCUGUGCAUACUUGCUUCUGUCUUCACAUCCGUUUUCCCAUUCAGCUUUGUCUUUGGUUUUGAGAAUAUGUUUU